AUGGCAUUCGACAUACACACACCUCGGCGAUCGAAGCGCUAUCAGCCCCUUGUGGACACUGCUGGUAGCUCUAACGAGGGGGAGGAACGAUGUACCUGGAUAGGCUCACCCAUUCAAUCGCGUGAAUCGCAAGUCACUGACCUCCACGAGGAAGAUUCAUUUGAUGAGGACACAGACACGGAAACCGCUUUCUACGAAGCAUUUCUCAGGAAGAAGUUCAAUAAACAAAAGGUGGUUGAGCAAGAAGAGUUUGCAGUUGGCGAUACGGUACUCGUUAGGACACAAGCAAAACUACCGAGUGUGGGUGUCAUUGUGGCCAUGUGGGAGGUUCGAGCGAUGGAUCGAAGUGAACAACAGAGGGUAUACCAAAAAGUGAAAAUACACUGGUUUCUUCGGCCGACAGAACUUCCCAGAGUAAGAGCCAAACGGGACCAUCUUGAGAACGAGGUCUACUUCUCGCUUGCAAGCACCGCUAUCCUUGUCCCUCAUGCGAUUAUAAAACACUGCACAGUGACUUCCACUGCCCCAAAAUCGAGUGCUUCAAAACAAGCGAAGAAGAACAGGACCGCGACGUUACCUCAAGAUGAAUUCUAUUGCAAUUCUGCUAUUGAUGCUCUUAGGGGCUUAUACUACGAACUAGACUGGGAUGGACACAGAGAAACAGCUUUAGAAGCUGCAGAUGACGUCAAUGGGUCCUCCUGGAUUGUAACUGUGGUGUCAACCACGCGCAAACGAGGUGGAAGGAAGAGCAUAUAUGCUGAAAGUAGUGACGAGGACGCAGAUAGUGGAGAUGAGUAUGAAGCGCCUUCGGCCGAAGAGGAGGGAGAGGAGGACGUUGCGUCAGACGGAAACAUGUCGGCAAACGACCAGGUAAUUUCUGAUGAGGAGGAAGAUGAUGACCGGAUGCUCUGUACUCCCUCAAAGAAACGUAGACGCGCUAGGCAAGUUGCGACUCCGCGCAAGUCUAAGCGAACAAAGCGGACUUUGGCUAUGCCAACACCUCAUUCUCGUGCAGCUUUGAGAGCACGUGCAAAAUCAAAACGAAUGGCAUUCAAGCCUGCUCCACAGAUUGCUUAUGACUUCAUGAGUUCGGCAGGCGACAAUUUACCAGAAGACCCAUGGCUAAGGGCAAUGCAAGUGCUUCAUGUGGGAUCUCGGCCGGACGUCUUGCCCUGUCGUGACGCGGAAUUCUUGCAUAUUCUUCGCGCUGUCGAGGGUCUACUCGAAGAAGGAAGUGGAGGUUGUGUCUAUGUAUCUGGUGUUCCGGGCACAGGAAAGACUGCAACUGUGCAUAGAAUAGUACGAGAGCUGAAACGUAUGGCAGAACGCAACGAAGCAAACCCAUUCACGUAUGUCGAAAUAAAUGGACUAAAAAUUCCGGAAGCAUCUGCGGCAUACAGUUUGUUGUGGGAAGCUGUCUCUGGACAUGAUGCAGCUAACGAAGGCCACCUGAAAAUAAGUUCGAAGGAGGCAUUGAAGCAGUUAACAAAGUUCUUCGGUGCGGGUGUCCGAGCUGGCCCAGCUGGUCAUGCUUGUAUUGUGUUGAUGGAUGAACUUGACCAAUUGCUGACUACUAAGCAAGAGGUCGUCUAUAACUUCUUCAACUGGCCAACGUUAGUUGGAUCGAAGCUUAUCGUCAUUGCAGUAGCAAACACACAUGAUCUUCCCGAACGUGUGAUGACUGGGAGAGUUCGCAGUCGUCUCGGUAUGACACGGAUAAACUACCAGCCGUACGACAAGGCACAGCUCAUUAGGAUAGUGGAAGCCCGACUUCAAGCUGCAAAGGAAGGAUUUAUCGGCAAGUUCCCCGAGGUCAUUACGGCGGACGGCAUCAAUUUCGCGGCCGCAAAAAUAGCGUCCAUUAGUGGUGAUGCGCGUCGAGUAUUAGAUAUAUGCAGACGAGCUGUCGAGUUGGUACGCCCUUCCGGAAAGCCGGCAAAGAUAGCAGAUGUCAAGGAGGUCAUCACGCGUAUGCAGAGCAGUCUCACCGCUGCGUAUCUGGGUGACUGUAGUUUGCACGAACGAAUCAUGCUUGCUUCACUGAUUAAGUGUAUGCUGCGAGAUGGAGUCCUUGAGAUUAAAUGGGACGAUGUCCAACGUCAGCAUCUUAUCUACACACCUGUCCUGGCAGGUGAUGGUGACCCCACUCGGAAACCAUCUCCGACCGAACUACGUUGCAUUCUGGAUGGAUUGCUUGCUUCUCAUGCAGUCCUCAUUGAGGAUGGGUCAGGUGCUGCAGCUGCACGCCGUGCAGAUGGUGAUCGUAGGAUUAUUCUCAACAUUGAACAGACCGAGGUACAACGAGUGUUAAGCGAGAUGGGUGGACAGAUGUGGAAGAAUGCCCUGGGACUCUGAUGAGAUAUGGCUCGGCCUGCUAACACUUCCUUUGUUGUCUGGUAUUGGAUGCCAGAUCUCCUUAAUACGGCCAAGCAAGGCCAGAAAGCAUGCCUGGAGGAGAUAAGUCCUUCGUGCUAGCCCUGUCUACCUUACAGCUGCUGGACGAUUCGAUACUGCCUCAAGUGUUAUUUACUGUUCAAGAGUUUUCAUUAAAUAUGUAUCGAUAGACACUCUAUCAUAGAUGCCUUUAGCGUGUAAUCGCAAUAACACAGUUCCG